AUGGCCGACGACUCGCGCACCGAAACCUCUUCCCAGCUGUCCUCGCCUGGCGACCAUGGCUCUGUCGACUCCGGCUUCGCUUCGCCAAGCGCGUCCACUGUCAGCCUACCCCGGAUAUCCCUCACCCAACCGCACAUCAAGCACCUCAACAAGCAACUCGAGGCCCUCCACCCCAUGGACAUCCUCCGGUUCUGCAAGAUCUUCUUCCCCAACCUCUACCAGUCGACGGCGUUCGGCCUGACGGGACUCGUCACCGUGGACAUGUUGUCCAAGCUCGACGCCGAGUCGGCCAGCCCGCAGCCGAUCGACCUCGUCUUCCUCGACACACUCUACCACUUUCAGGAGACCUACGACCUCGUGGAGCGCGUCAAGGAGCGCUACAACGUCAAGGUGCACGUCUUCAAGCCGGCGGACGUCAAUAACGUGACCGAGUUCGAGGCCCUGUACGGCGAGAAGCUGUACGACAUGUCGUCUGAGUUGUACGACUGGAUCGCCAAGGUGGAACCGUUGCAGCGAGCCUACUCGGAACUCAAGGUCGCGGCCGUGCUGACAGGCCGGCGGCGGUCCCAGGGCGGCCAGCGUGGUGACAUCAACGUCAUCGAGCUGGAUGACGAGCGCGGCGUUAUCAAGAUCAACCCGCUCGCCAACUGGUCCUUUGCCGAGGUCAAGGCGUAUAUCGACGAGCACAAGGUGCCGUACAACGCCCUCCUCGACCAAGGGUACAAAUCCAUCGGCGACUGGCACUCCACCGUCCCCGUCGCCGAGGGAGAGGAUGAGCGCGCGGGCCGCUGGAAGGGCCAAGAGAAGACCGAGUGCGGCAUCCACAACAAGCAGAGCCGCUAUGCCCAGUGGCUUGAGGACGCAGCACGGCAACAGACUCAAGAGGUGUCGGCAUAG